AUGGCCGUAGGCAAAGGUUUCAAGCUCUUUCAUACCCUUUUCUUAGUGAUUUCUUGGCAAUAUUGUGCGAAAGUGGGUGCCACUUUUAGUGAUGUCACCGGUGUCGUAAAUCUCGAUCAUCAAUUUUCAUUUCGUGCCUUUGCAUCACAUGACACACAAGCACCAGCGGUAGCACCAAUUGGAAGUAGCACAGAAGUCCUAGUUGCUGCACCGUUUGGAAGCAUCACUAAAACUCCUAAGGCUUUAACCCCAGAGGCUGCAUCAGAUGGAAGCAUUGCUCUAACCCCGGAGGCUCCAUGGGAUGGAAGCAUUGCUCUAACCCCGAAGGCUCCAUGGGAUGGAAGCGUUGCUCUAACCCCGGAGGCUCCAUGGGAUGGAAGCGUUGCUCUAACCCCGGAGGCUCCAUGGGAUGGAAGCGUUGCUCUAACCCCGGAGGCUCCAUGGGAUGGAAGCGUUGCUCUAACCCCGGAGGCUCCAUGGGAUGGAAGCGUUGCUCUAACCCCGGAGGCUCCAUGGGAUGGAAGCGUUGCUCUAACCCCGGAGGCUCCAUCGGAUGGAAGCGUUGCUCUAACCCCGGAGGCUCCAUGGGAUGGAAGCGUUGCUCUAACCCCGGAGGCUCCAUGGGAUGGAAGCAUUGCUCUAACCCCGAAGGCUCCAUGGGAUGGAAGCGUUGCUCUAACCCCGGAGGCUCCAUGGGAUGGAAGCGUUGCUCUAACCCCGGAGGCUCCAUGGGAUGGAAGCGUUGCUCUAACCCCGGAGGCUCCAUGGGAUGGAAGCGUUGCUCUAACCCCGGAGGCUCCAUGGGAUGGAAGCGUUGCUCUAACCCCGGAGGCUCCAUGGGAUGGAAGCGUUGCUCUAACCCCGGAGGCUCCAUGGGAUGGAAGCGUUGCUCUAACCCCGGAGGCUCCAUGGGAUGGAAGCGUUGCUCUAACCCCGGAGGCUCCAUGGGAUGGAAGCGUUGCUCUAACCCCGGAGGCUCCAUGGGAUGGAAGCGUUGCUCUAACCCCGGAGGAUGCAUGGGAUGGAAGCGUUGCUCUAACCCCGGAGGAUGCAUCGGAUGGAAGCGUUGCUCUAACCCCGGAGGAUGCAUCGGAUGGAAGCGUUGCUCUAACCCCGGAGGAUGCAUCGGAUGGAAGCGUUGCUCAAACCCCGGAGGAUGCAUCGGAUGGGAGCGAUGCUCAAACCCCGGAGGAUGCAUCGGAUGGGAGCGUUGCUCACACCCCAACCGUUUCUCAAACCCCGGAGGCUGCAUCAGAUGAAAGCGUUGCUCACACCCAAACCGUUGCUCAAACCCCGGAGGCUGCAUCAGAUGAAAGCGUUGCUCACACCCAAACUGUUGCUCAAACCCCGGAGGCUUCAUCGGAUGGGAGCAUUUCUCAAACCCCGGAGGCUUCAUCGGAUGGGAGCAUUGCUCUAACCCCGGAGGCUUCAUCGGAUGGGAGCAUUGCUCUAACCCCGGAGGCUUCAUCGGAUGGGAGCAUUGCUCAAACCCCGGAGGCUUCAUCGGAUGGGACCAUUGCUCAAACCCCGGAGGCUUCAUCGGAUGGGAGCAUUGCUCAAACCCCGGAGGCUUCAUCGGAUGGGAGCAUUGCUCAAACCCCGGAGGCUUCAUCGGAUGGGAGCAUUGCUCAAACCCCGGAGGCUUCAUCGGAUGGGAGCAUUGCUCAAACCCCGGAGGCUUCAUCGGAUGGGAGCAUUGCUCAAACCCCGGAGGCUUCAUCGGAUGGGAGCAUUGCUCAAACCCCGGAGGCUUCAUCGGAUGGGAGCAUUGCUCAAACCCCGGAGGCUUCAUCGGAUGGGAGCAUUGCUCAAACCCCGGAGGCUUCAUCGGAUGGGAGCAUUGCUCAAACCCCGGAGGCUUCAUCGGAUGGGAGCAUUGCUCAAACCCCGGAGGCUUCAUCGGAUGGGAGCAUUGCUCAAACCCCGGAGGCUUCAUCGGAUGGGAGCAUUGCUCAAACCCCGGAGGCUUCAUCGGAUGGGAGCAUUGCUCAAACCCCGGAGGCUUCAUCGGAUGGGAGCAUUGCUCAAACCCCGGAGGCUUCAUCGGAUGGGAGCAUUGCUCAAACCCCGGAGGCUUCAUCGGAUGGGAGCAUUGCUCAAACCCCGGAGGCUUCAUCGGAUGGGAGUAAAGUUAAAGCUCCACGUUUGGAUCAGGUGACCUGGAAAGAGCAUGGAAGUCAGAAUAGGGCAUGA